GGGGGCGGCGGCGGAGUGAAGGGCGUCGAUGGGAGCAGCGGGCCGCUCCACCGCCGCAGCUCCCCGGGCCGACAGGCGCGCCGGUACGUCCCGGCAGCGCCGAGGUGGCGCGGGCCUAGUUGUUCUCAAGGGGACCUGCUCCUACGUGAGCGCGGUCACCGUGGGGUUCCUGCUCCUCCUGGGGGUCUGCCUGCUCUACCUACCGGACCCGCUCGCCCUACGACCUCCCGCCGCGGAGGACGGCGGCGAGGUGACGCUGCUGAUAUGGAGGCGGCCCUUCGGUCGGCACCGCGCGCUUCCGGACUGCCUCGAGCGCUUUGGGAUCGGCGGGUGCACGCUCACCUACGAAGGGAGCGCGUACCCGCGGGCCGACGCCGUGAUCGUUCACCACCGGGACGUGGCCACCGGCGCCGACGCCCUGCCGCCGGAACCGCGGCCAUUUGCACAAAAGUGGAUCUGGAUGAACUACGAGUCCCCCACGCACACGCCCAGACUGUGGCAAUUCGAGGACGUGUUUAACCUCACGCUGAGCUACCGCGCGGACUCCGACAUCUUCCUGCCGUACGGAUAUCUGGUGCCCCGCAAAGGCGGAACCGACGUUGUACAGAACCGCUUUGCGCAACCGCUCCGCGCAGCCUCGCGCUCGCGCCUCGUCCGGCCGCGCCUCCUGGCCUGGGUCAUCAGCAACUGGUCCGAGUCCCACGCGCGCGUGUCCUUCUACCACCAGCUGCGCCGGUACGUGCAGGUGGAUGUGUUCGGGCGCUCGGGCCACCCGGUACCGGGGGACGGCGUCGGCGGCAGCGUGGUGCGGCUGGUCGGGCGGUACCAGUUCUACCUGGCGCUGGAGAACUCGCAGCACACCGACUACAUCACGGAGAAGCUGUGGAACGCGGUGCGGGCAGGCGCCGUCCCGGUGGUCCUGGGUCCAUCCAGGCAGAACUACGAGCGCUUCCUGCCCCCCGAGGCCUUCAUCCACGUGGACGACUUCGCCUCAGUGCGAGGGCUGGCUCGGUACCUGCUGAUGCUGAGGCGCGAGCCGGCCCGCCUGAGGAAGCACCUGGACUGGAGAGAGGCUUACAGCGUGUACCAGCCCAGCUUCUGGUCCGACCACUACUGCGCGGCCUGCAGGGCGGUGAGGAGGACCAGAGGCAGGACCGAUGUGGUCAAAGACUUGACAAGAUGGUUUCACGUGUGAAUAAACAGCCACAAUCGUCUCACGCGCUCACCUGACAACCAGCAGCCACAACUUAGCCUACAGUUAUUUUGCAAAGCUCUGAACUUUGUAUUCAUUGUUCACGCAAGUUAACUUUUACAUUACGUUUCUCAUGUUUUCCACUAAUCCACAGUUAGGAAAUGAGCUUUUCAGAGUUUCUUCAGAUGUUGCAUCACGGUGAACAAUGUUUCUAUAUAUCCGUCAAUUAGCCCACAUGUCAAAAUCCUCACUUUCAACUUCAGUAUGCUGAACAAUAACAAAUAUUUCAAUAUUUGAGGGCUUGAAAGGUCGAAUGAAACCCAUUGUUUUGACAAGAGGACGUCAUUAAUAUAAUUUUCAAUAAAUGAUUUUAAUCCAA